AAAAAAUCCUGAAAAUCGACAUCUUUCUUCUAUAAAUCAGCUGUGUUUACCUCGUCUACUUUGCUAUUUACUGACCAGCGAUUCGUGAAAAAUGGGGGUGAGUAUCAACAUACAUGUAAUGAAAACAGGUCCAAACUGAAAGAUUGUGUAAUUACAAUACACUUUCCAUUAACGCAAAAUUGUCGUCGACUAAGUCAAGCUACCAGCUGUUUUAAUUCUUAUUCGAAAAUACGCACGCCUUAAACAUGGACUGAUCAUUGCUUGCAACAUUGAGGGACCAAGCUUAAAUUUUUUCCGUUAAGAUUAUUAACGAUGCUUAACCAAUUCAUUGUCAACAGUUUCGAGCUAUAUCGAGGCAAAUGUUUAUAAAUAAGCAGCACACAGUUUAUGGCAAAUUUUAUUUUAUAAGCCUUGCAAACCGCUUCCAUUUGUUUAGGUUUUAGAAAAUGUCAGUGCAGGCACACAGCCACAAAGGAAGAAGGGAAUUUUAUUUGGUGACAAGAGAAGUCUUAAUCUUUCAAGCUCUGAUGAUCUGACAUCACUUAGUCCUUUGAACGAAGAAUCAGGUUUGAUCCUUCUGUCGUCUAUCACAUGUACUAAAACAUAAUAAUUAUUCCUUCAAACUUGCUGUGAAGAGCCACUCAGUCGACAAGAAGGUUUUGUUUAAAAGGAAAAGGGGUUUGGAAUCCCAGGAUAGAAAACUUUUAUUAGUUAUUAAGCACACAUAAGCCUUAAGUUCGAUUCCAUGCAUGACUGGGUUUGAAACCUCGCAGGAUUGAGCAAUUCUUUCUUUGCUAAUACAUUUUGAUUAUCUCCUCUGGCUAUUAGGCUGAGACAAAAAUACGACAAUCCAGCUUGUCCAAAGGGCAUGAUUUUUUUCAUUUAGUUCCAGUUUUUGUAACCAAAACUCUGAGUAAUUAGCCCAAAAUUAAGGGAAAACUAAAGAAAAAGGUUAUCAAACUUCACUCAUUGCAUUUAAAAAUGAACUUGCUUGCCCAAAUGGGGACCAGGUUUUCUACAAGCCCUACACUGCACAUGAUGUCAAGCCAGGUCAGUGUCUCUAGUUUAGGAGUUUUUCAAGUUCUGUGGAUCAGAAAGGGUCUCCAUUGCACUUCUUGCCCUCUCCACGAGUAAUUCUGUGAUUUUUAGGUUAAAUUAAAUUUUUUCAUACAACUCAUUGUUUUCUAGUAAGUACCCUUUAUCACUGUCUACAUGUAGCACAACAAGCAGUUUUGUGUCUACAGUAAUUACUAUCAAUAACUGUUCACACUCUAAUGUGAUAUCUUCUAUGGUCUGACACAAUCAUAUCAUACUUGCAGUGCUUAAGACAGUUGAAGCUCGUUAUCAAGUGGGGGCAUUCUAUUCAUGGGCAGGUACAAAGUGCAUUUUUUACUUGACUCCUCAAUUUUUUAUAUCUGCUAGAAAAGUGUCACAUUUGUAGUUUUGCACUCUGUUAUAAUCUAAUAAGUUACUGCAUCCUAUGAGAAAAACUAUCAUGACAAUAACAACUGUACAUGAAAAUAAAAAAACUGACUGUAGACAGCCAGAAUGAUAUUGUGUGGUCACUGGUUUUGGUCAUAUCAUUACAACAGUUUUCAAAUAAAUCAUACUAUUGGGGAGAAAUAGAUUUUAAGUACAGUUUACAAAAUGAGCGGGAGGGUAUUAUCAGGUUUAAAAAGCGUUUUUUUUGGUCUAAAAUAUUCGACAUAAAGUUUAGCUGUGUCUUUAUCAGAUAUAAAGACACUCGUUAAACAUUUCUUUUUUUUUUUUAACUAUUAAUGAGUUUUGAAUUGUACACAUAGCCAUUCCCCUUCUAGUAAUUGUUUUUAUACUGUGCGUUAUAACCAAACAGUAAUUAAUAAGCAUUGAAUCUUUAUUUUUGCUGAUUAGGUGUACCUCUCAUUGCUCUAAAUCCAUUUAAAGAUGUGGAAGAACUUUAUGAUGGAAAGAUCAUGACAAAAUACAAGGGAGUUAGUCCCACUGAAAUAAAGGUUUGAGCAGUCAACUAGAUCAUCAUUGGAUAAAUGAAAUUAUUAGCGCCAAAUUAAAAGUAGCCAUUUUUUAAAGUAAUAACAUUAAUAUUAUGACAAGCAAAGUUAGCUGCAUAGACAAUGCUCCUCACACUAGCAUCUCCUUUGGUGUGCAGCUCUUGCAAUUUCCCCCAAAUGGAUCAGAGCUUGCUCGCAGGCUAUUUUGAAUUCAUAAUUAAGCAGUUUUCCUUUCAUAGUCCCACUAGCCUGUGCCAGGCUCUCUGAGUUGUAGUAGGGAUGUCAAAACAACAAGGUCAAGCAAAAAAAAGAGGCCGGUAAUCUGGGGAAGGGGAUGGUGGUGAGAAACGAAGAGCCUCUUCUCUCCUCUGAUUGCUGCAAAUUUCUUCCUUUGAGCAUGGACCAGGCUAUAGUCCCACCAAAGAUUUAAUUUGAUCAAAAAAUUCUGGGGCAUUUUUAUCAUUUUAAAAUUGUUAAAUGAUGGAAAAUGAGGUGGGAAUAUAAAAAUGGUAAAAUUGAGCAUUUGUGUGUGAGUAAGUUUGAAUUGAAAAGUUUAUAGACAAAGACAGGAUAGUCCUCCAAGGUCAGUACCCAUGUAGAAUAACUCCAUCUUUCUUUGAUUUUUCACCAUCUUUUUUUCAUUUGCCUUCAUGACAAAUACAUCACGCAUCAUGAAAUGAUAUUUUUCAUUUAUUUUUUUUUAUCCAUAUCAAUUAAGGAGCUUCCACCUCAUAUAUUUGCUGUUGGACAGAAAGCGUUUUGUGAAAUCAAAAGAGAUCUGGAAACCAGGAACCAAUCCAUUGUUGUCAGUGGUGAAAGUGGUGCUGGCAAGGUCAGUAUAGGGAUCAGGGAGGGAAAGUGGAAUUUGUCUCCUUCAUCAUUCUUUCAUUUAUUGUCAAAUCGAAUGCGACGUAAAAGAGCCCACGCUACUGUUCGAAAAGAACCGGGAAAGUUUCCCCAGUGGUGUGGUCUACCUUUCACGCAUCAUUCAUAUCAUGGGCUAUGAAAAUUGAAUGGGUUACAGUGAGCUCAUUAUGGACUGAUAGGGGCUGCCAGUGCAGUGGUGCCCUUGAUGCUGCCGUCCGAGCUUACUGUUAGCAUGUUCGUAAAGAGGGCACGUCUUGUUGUCCUCUAAUCCACGACAUUCCAUUCCGUUCCAAUUUGUUCAAGAAUAUUGAUUGUUUCUUUUUUUCCGAAUAGACGUGGACGACUCGUAGUUUAAUGCGUUUCAUUACGGACGUGGCAGAUACCAGGUAUGAAGUCUUCGACGUUGGCUUACAGUAAAUUGUUGGAAUUUUUGCAAUUCUUCUGAAAUUUCAUACAUCAGCAUGCACGAUUACGAUAAAUUACUUACAUACAUCACUGCCAGUUUAAUUGCAAGCCUUCUCUAAUUUAUCGGCUUUCAAAAAGACCCAGCACUUGCGUGGAGUUCCCGCUGGCAUCAGCAACGUCAUGGUUGCCCUCAUUGAUCACUGGAAUUGGCUUUCCUGUGCAAGAGAAGACAACCUAGAGAUCCGUCGAGUAAUCCAUGUAAAUGCGAAAACUGGAUGGUUUAUUCUGAACAAAUAAAAUCCAUCUGUUCAUCCUAGACAGAUUUUGAAGUCAAUAAUCCGUCUCGUGCUACGUUGAUUUGGAGUCAUUUACCGCACAAUUUUAAAACUGCUAUAAGCUAAAAAAUCUGGGGGUACUGAAUUGAAGACGUCCCUAUAACAAGAAGAACCAAGAGCGUAGCACAUACGUGGCGUAUGUGCGUACAGCUAAAAUCUGGAAAAGAAUUUUUUUAUUUUCUUUUUCUGAAAUCAGUCACUCCUUCAAAAUCUCAACGGUUAUGCCCCUGUAGCCUGUUAUUAAAACUAUAUAUAAUAUCUGCAGUGAAAAAAAAGUUGUUCAUCGAAUCAUUUAUUCAGCACUAUUUAUAACCAAAUCUGAAAGGUAUUUCAGACAAGGUGGCUGCCAAAAUCCAACUUCGUCGUGAUUAUAGGUAUUUCCAGCUUAAAUGUAAUAUUACGAUUAACUGUAAUUGUUAUGAUAGGAUCGAGGAAACUACAAACGUUAGCAGGAUUGAGCAAAGGAUACUUGAUUCCAGUCCAGUUUUGGAGGCUUUUGGAAAUGCUCAGACUACAAGAAACAAAAACAGCAGUCGGUUUGGAAAAUAUAUUCAACUUCAGUUUGAUCGGUGAGUCAGCAAAGCCCGAAGAUUAGUAUUCUGGGAAGUAUGUUCCCCGAAUUCCAUCGGAAACUCAGGGAAGUCAUUAACAUACUGUCCUUUCAUAUCACGCUUCUCACCAUGUUUUGUUCUUUCAGAUUUAUGAUAUCACAAGAAUUUUACUUAUUAAUAUUAUCAUGAUUUCUUUUUGAUGAGAUUUAGUUCUUUUCUUGAAGCAUAGAUCAAAUAACUCAUUGCUAAAUUUUUUAAGCAUUGUAAAUUAACUUCCAGGAGCCAGAGAAUCAUUGGCGCUACAGUAAGCACAUAUCUGUUGGAGAAGACGAGAGUCGUACAUCAGGGGCAAGGAGAAGGAAGAUUCCACAUAUUUGACCAGGUGCAAACUUGCUGUGUUUUUACAGACAGGAGAAAGCAGGUUUCUCUCGCAAGCCUUGUCAUAUAUCGUUGCGCCCAAACCUCUCAUACAAAGCGCCCAGCCUGGGUUACUUUCAUGUAAUUAUAUAAACACCAAUGAAAUACCUGUUAAGCUUUCGCGCGAAAAAAUGUUAUCUCCACACGUGAAAAGAGCCCCGCUGCUAAUGGCUACAUAAUAAAUCGCGCUUUUCAUAGCCUUUAAAUAUUUUUUCAAAACUCGAAGAGAGAUUUCCUAUCUCGCCGCGGCCAUGUAAUAUCUUUUAUUUUAUUAUAUGUAAUCAGAAAAAAAAAUUUGACCUUCAACAUUAUAUCUAUAACUUCCUAAAGCCUAGCCUGCGUGCAGACGAUAACUAAACUCUGAUUAGUACCGUCUGCGAAGCAGCGCAGAGAUCCUUGUUCUGAACCCCCAACGGACUCAACGAAUUACCGGAAGUGCGUUUCGAAUUUCCCUUCAACCUGAUUGGCCAUCACGACAAACAAAACAAAGGCCUUUUUUAACUGGCCAAUCGUGGCGCGUACUCAAAUCUGGGUACACAGCUGGAAGUCCAGAACAAGGAUUUCGGCGCUGUUUCGCAGACGGAGUUAACCAGAGUUUAAUUUCGUCUGCGCGCAGGCUACCUAAAGCCUUUCUAUGAAUGAACCUUGUUUCAGAUUACUUCCAGUAAACAUCAAGAAGCGACCUUGAAAAACAAAGAAUCUUCAUUUGUUGGUAAUUAAAUAAGUCUUUCGUUUUCACUUUACAUAGUAAAUGAUUACUGAAAUCAAAGUCCUAUUUUGAUUUUUUUAAGAGCAGCAGAGAGGUCUCAAACGUUGUAACAAAUUCCGAACGGGGACCUUAAGAUCCGACGGCGACGUCCGGUCUGCCCAGUUCCUAGGCAGAAGGCCUGGGCUGAAGACGCCGUACAGGGACUAGGCAAGGCGACAGCGACAAGAGCGUCAAAAAAAACAAAGCAAAACAGCAACAUUGCACGUCCGCCACACCCUUUUUGUAUUGCACGACUACGACGUGAAAAUUCCUAAUUUUGCGUUUCAUGGAGGACGUAAACAAGCCACGACGAAAUUUUCUUUCUCUUCCUAAACUCACCCUAGUAGUGUAGAAACCUGUGAAACUCACGAGUGACGUAAAACGAUGAAUACAAAGAAGCCACUGAGAAGACAACGCAAUAGAGCCAGGGAAAAUACUAGCUUGAAAGCAAAGGAAAACUUCACAGGUUUUUACACCGAGGUAAACCCCCAAGCGAACUUGGAUGGCGUUCUUACAGUGUAGGAAUUCAGCCACAGAAGAGACGCUGAGUUCGCCUACAUUUGACAAAGUCAGUGAGUUGGAAUAAUCGUGAUGAAGACUGAAAAAAAAAAACGAAUUCACUUUUUAAGCAACGCUUUGGCUGCUGUCUCCGUCCUCUCAUCUUAGGGUCCCUAAUUUUGAGAACAGAAGGAACUCCUUAUCAGUCUUCGGUUUUUGUAUUGUUGUGACUAAAAACUCCCUGUUCCCUCUCACGGCGAUACGACCGUCUAAUAACCCAGGCGUAGUUAAUCGAUAGAAAGCGAUAUCAGAAAUCAAUCGAUUUAAUCCGCCGAUUGUUAUCGAUUGAUAUCGGAAUCGAAGUCACAGAAAAAAUAAUUUAUCAGUUUUUAUCCAUUAACAAAAAUCGAUGACAAUCGAUAGUAAUCGAUAACAGGCAAUAAUCUUGAAGAGUAUAUGGUUCAGAUAUUCUGAACAGACCGGCUUCAGCUUAACACAUUUAAUUUCAGCCUGUUGCUCUUUCAUCACCUAAUUUGAAGGCCCUAAUGAUGCACGAAGUCGGUGCCCUUCCCUUUUUUCUUGCAAUUUUAAAACAGGGGUUUCAAUAAGCACCGACGGCCGACGAAACGCGUCGGCUACUUUGCUCGUAGAGGUCGGCUUCUUUUUUCUAAAAAGAAGAAGCAACUAGUUUGAAUAACGUUGUAAACAAAAUAAUUUAUCAUAAAAUGUGAUAGCCUACGUAACAAGCGUUUCCGUCGGCGGUUUAGGAGCAAAGAACGAGGAACGAGAGUCAAAGACCGAGCGAAAAAUGGCACAAGUAAAAGAGCGGGGAGGGGCCCCACUUUCAUUUUUUGGCUCUUGUUUCAUUUCUCGCGCGGCCAAAACCGAGAAUCCCGUUCCUCGGUCCUUCUUUGCUCCGAAACCAAACGGAAACGUUUGCUACGCAGGCUAAAAAUCUGAAUGAAAACGUAAUUAUGAUGUGUUUUCAUAAAGGCCCACUGGUUUCAUGUGAAUGACAUAUUUCAGUCAUUUUUUUCACAAGUUUCUUUAUAGGUUUACGCUGAAUAUGUUCACGUGCAAAAGUGGGUAAUUUAGUGUUCAUGAUUUGUCCAUUGCUUGCAGGGAUUGAUCGUGUGACUGAUAAAUUGAAAGCUACAUUUUCUUGAAACCCCUGGAAUUAACUGGCUAACAAUGUUCAAUGUAAAAACGCCUGAAUUUACAAUUUAUCCUUUCGCCUACACCUUAUUUUUUAGCCCUCCAGGAAACAAAACAAGCUUUGGAAAACAUAGGAAUUGACAAUCACCUGCAAAGCGAAAUAUUCAAGGUAUAGACUUGAGUUAACUAAGGACUAUCAUAAAACACUUUCUUCUGUUCUUUUUCUGACUUCCUCUCAGCUACUGGAAGUUCAAAUUAUUGUGUUUCAAUUUUCCGUGUUUUCUAGGUUUUGAACGGAGUUCUCCAUCUUUUUGAUAUUGAGUUUUUUGAUCCUUUUUCAAAUAUGGCUGAAAUUUGUACUGUUACCGACGAUCAUGAUAAAGGUUAGUGUUCGUCUACUCCCUGUAGAGUAAUCUAGAUAAGGAACUACCAAGAUAUAAUAAGAGAGAUGAAGUUUUUUACUGUAACAGUUUUUGUUCUUUCGUUUCUAAUCUAUUUUUCCGUUCCCCUUUAAAAAAUUCUCUAUUGACCUUCACACACAGGAGAAUCCAUUCAGCCAACGAAUACAUUUACGUCCUCAAUUUUUCUAACCCUCUUUUUACAGCAAUGGCUCGUGUCUGUGAAUUACUGGGAACUGAAAGCGAGUGGCUAAAGCGGUGCUUAUUCUUAAGAAGAAUAACAGCGGGCUCCACAAGAGAGGAGUUUAUGAAGAAGUGCUCACCAUCCGAAUGUGCAGAGAGAAGAGAUUGUAUGGCUAAACUAAUAUACUCCAGGUAGAGUUUUUAGGGAAGAGGGGCUGUAAGCCUCCUUUCAUCUAUAAACAUUAACUACGGUAACUUUACAUGCUGGUAAAAUGUUUGGACUUAACUAGACAACUAUUUUCUGUUUUUAUAAGCAAUGCAUGCAGCUGUUUGGCUUGUCAGUGUCAACCUGGCUAGUACACUGUUAUGCCAGAAAGGAGCAAUUCAGUUAACAGCUCCCUCAUGAUAUCGUAUUUUUUUUUUCAAGUGUCUAACCCAAACCAACUUACGCAACUGACAAGCCUCGUGAAAUGCUAAAAGCCAUGCAAGAAAAACACGGCUACUCGCAGGGCAAAAUGUUUAGUAGUUUUCUGAAAACGCCCUGUAUGUUCCUGAUUAGCAAGAUGAUUUUUUACGAUGCAAAUCGUUAUCCAUAUUCUAAACGUCCUAAUACAUGUCUAUCCUAAUUUGAUGUUUCCUUUGUUCUUUUGUAGAUUAUUCGACUGGAUUGUUGACUUCAUAAACUCUUCCAUUAAAGCACCUGAAGAGCUAAAACACUCAUUCAUAGGUAAUAACGAAAUCAUCGUUUCUUUUUCGUUUCUAAUACUUAUUUCUUGAAAAACAAAUGAUCAAAAAUGUAUCAUCCAAACAAACCUUGCCCCAUCGCUAGAUAAAAUUCCUUCUUAUGUCAAAAUGAUUUUUUUGUCUAGUCUCUCUUCCUAAUUUUCAAAUGCUCAAUUAUGUUGCAGGUCUUCUUGAUAUUUACGGAUUUGAAAACUUCAACUUCAACAGUUUAGAGCAGUUGCGUAUAAACUACGCCAACGAAAAGCUCCAGCAACAUUUCGUGAAUCACUUCAUGAAGAGACAGCAGGUUAGUUGUUAUCAUGUCGCUGAAUAAGAAACAAAAGUAUUUUUAAUGACUAGGUUAGAAAUCACCGAGUAUGCGAGAUGAAGCGCAAGCCCCGCAAGCGCCACAUAAUUUUUAAUCACAAGAAAAUCCUUAACACCUGUCAGUAUUUUCUGGGGAGUUAAGGUGAGCUUGGUAACGAUAUGCUCUAGUAUAUGUGGUCCUUUCGUUCAAUGACGGGGACGUCAAAAACGCAACAGAUCGAGGGUGGAUUCAUCUGGAGCAUAUACACGCGUAUAGCUGUCGCAUUUGCCAACUGGAAUUUUUUGUAUUGUUUUUAGGCUUAAAAACACUUUAAAAUGCCAGCAGGCAAAAGCGACAGCUAUACGCGUAUUAAUCCACCCCGAAUAACCAAAUCUACGUACAACUCCGCUGCACGUGCAUCAUGCUUUUUGGUACAUUUCGUCGCUGUCACUGCCAACUACAGCUUGAAACUUUUCAACGUGACGUACUAUAGAAGACGUCAACACUCGACGACAAAUUUUUCUUUCUGCUUUAUACUCUGAUGUGCUCCCUGAAAAUUCAACUCCAGGAAACUCACCUCGAAAUAACCGUCAUAAGUUUUAAAAGAACGCGGUGACACUUCAUAGAGACCUUAUAAGAUACUAGUGGUGGGAAUCGGUUGAGAUUUCACAAUCGAUCGUCGAUUAUAAUCGGAAAAAUCUACCAGUAAGCAUUCCAAGAUUACAUUGCAGCAGUUCAAGUGAGACUGACACGAAAUCAACAAAACACACGUGCCACAAACCUUUGUUGGCGUAUUUCUUUCUGCAGAGCCUACAGAUUACCUUCGUCAUAUCCAAGUUUUCCUUUGUUUUGGGCCCUUCCUUCAGUUGAUAAAAACUAAAAUAUUCCCGCACGUUUGACCUGGCGUUUCCAGGAUAACGACAGAUCUCCAACUCGGCCAUUUCAGCCGCCAUGUUAGACUCGUCAGCAAUAUGUAAGGGAGGCAGGUCUGAGAGAGGACCCUGGAAAUCGCUGCGAUGUUGUUUCGUAAUACCUUUCAUUCGCUAGUAAUAGUAGUGACACUACAAACGCGAAACAGUAAGCUUGUAAUUUAUGUUUUGGUUCAGUUGUUUACGAAAUACAAAGCAGCUUAGCAUGCCACAUCUUUCAAAUAAGCGUGGCGUAUUUGAGGUGACAACAACGCAGCGCGCAGGGUACGCAAAGGUAAACACCUUCAAUCUUAGAUUAUAUCUGCUGUUAUGACUUAGAAGUUAGAAGUCCACGAAAAAGACAACUCACACCAAGAUAUUAAACGUACAUUUUUAUUGAUUUUAAUACUUUUAUUUGUCACCAAUAAAUUUCCGCGACAAUCGAUUAUGAAAAAAGCAUAAUCGAUUGUCGCGUCCCUUGAACUUUUCGAUCAACUUUCGAUUAUAAUCGAUCAUCGGCCCACCACUAAUAUUUACGGUAUCUUUAGAGGGUACGACAUAUUGGUAAAUGGUCUAGCAAUUCUUUUUCUAAAAUGAGAAUAAGUACAGUCAAUUGCGCCAAUCAUAGAGUACUAUAAAAUGAGUUCAAACGGCGGGUGGCCUGGCGAUGCUGGGGCAGACAGAUUUCUAAGUCCUUAAUUCGUGUAAAACAGUGUUGAUUCGGUGCUUAUUUCUGCUAUAGGAGGAGUAUCAGAAGGAAGGCAUUGACUGGUCGUUUCAAGAUUUUGUUGAUAAUCGGCCAUGUUUGGAUCUCAUUGAGGGAAGAACCAGUGUCUUUUCAUUAAUGAACGAGGUAAAAAAGUUGUGUCGAUGCUGAAGUAGAGAAACCGCCCCUCCCCGCACGCGCUUCAUUUCAAUUAAGAAAGCAAGACUAGAAAAGUUACAUGAAGAGACCACCAAAGGUAGCUCAAACAUGCUUGCGUGCCUUCUUCAAGCAAACUGGUUACCAGCAGCAGUAUAAACAAUUCCCUGUUCUCUUGCGCAUUAUAGAUUUGUGUCGCAUGCAGCUUGCGACAUUUCGUCGUUUUGUGUUGUUGGCGACCCUUUUGGCUGUAAAAUAUGUUUUGAACUGAAGGACCUAGGAGGAGUUGAACCGGCCUCUUGGCUGGGCGUUGAGCAGACACUUGUAGCUUUGAACGGACAUUUGGCAGAACCUCCCAACUCAUUUAAAAAACUCAAGUGUGUCUGCAUUUCCAAAGAAAAUGAUACGCUUUCCACUGUCAGAACAACAAAUGAAAUAAUUUUUCGUCUUGUUGAUGAAGCAACAUAGUUCAUGUAAAUAGAAGUCCUUCCUACUUUGUUUUGUAUUUCCUUUGAUUUUACCUGCUACCUAGAACCUAAAUUGUUCAGCGAGCUAACAAGAAAACCAACUGGUUCAUUUAGCUUCCUAGCUUGCACAUUAUUCUCGUUACAUUCAAAAUAUCUUGUAAUGUAAUUAAAUUUCCGAGAAUGUUUAACCAUGUACAUUAACAAAGCAUAAUAAAGAUUAUUAUUAUUAUUAUUAUUAUUAUUAUUAUUAUUAUUAUUAUUAUUAUUAUUAUCAUCAUUAUUAUUAUUAUUGUUGUUCCACUCGUGGAAGGGGCGUUGAGAAAUGAUCUUAACUCUACUGUCAGUGUGUGAAGACUAUAUGAGGAAACAAUGUUACAGCGAGAAAAUAAGGCUGGGAUUUCAGGGAAUGAACGAUCUUCAAGUUACAGAGCGCGUGUCGCCUUACCAUCACAGGAAUACCAAAGUAUUACUUUAUUCCCAGGAGUGCCGCUUAAAGAGAGAGUUGGACACGAAAUCGUUUAGUACACGCCUGGAAGCUUCAUUGGCUCAGUUCAGGCAUUUUACUUGCCCGCGGUUUAGAAGUGAAAAUGAGGAGUUUACGAUUCAUCAUUUUGCCGACAGCGUCUCUUAUCAAGUCGAAGGACUUGUUAAGAAAAAUAAGGUACGUGAUUAUUCCUUAAGCAAAUUAACUCUUGAAGAAAUUCAUUAGGUAAAACAAGGCUAAGUGCGUAUGAUCAGCACUGUUACUUAGUUUGCUUGAGGAAAACUGUUCAUUCUUAUAUUUACUACAGUUGUUCAAGGAAUCGAUCAUAGAACGACAACGUUUUCUUGAAUUACUCGCAAAAUCCGACGACAUGAGGAUUUGAAAGAACUUUCCGAAGGCCGUUUGCGAGAAACCAAACAUUAAUUAAGAAAGAUGACAGCAGUUUGUUAAGCUUUGUUUAUUCUCUUAAGGACGUUGUAGACUCACUAUGGUUGAGAUUUCUUUUCCAAUUGUCAGUUUUCUUAUAAAUUGCCCAGAAUUAGGCAACACACCUAGAACCGCUAUGCCCCCCGUUGACAAAACUGGGCAUUAUUAUAAGUACACGUAGAAAAUAGGCAAACUCCUACACAACAACCACUUUGGGUAAAAAGUCAAAAGGCUGUUGUGGAGAUUUUCAAAAGAGAGUGGACGGACCUGUUGUGGUCAAGUCUUCACCUUGGUUUAUAUUUUUUUUUCCUUUGCUAAUGUGUGGUAGCGAGUUUGAAAUAAGAGAGCAAAAAAAUAUACAUCAACUGACGAUAAAAUUGAACCGCAACAUUUAUCUAACUUGACAUAUUUAUAAGAUUGUAACUCAUCGCACUCUCAAAUUUUCAUUUCUUUCUGUUGACGCCGCAAAGGAUUUUAUUCCUCCUGAGGUUGUUGAGCUUCUACAAAAAAGCACGAACACGUUGAUGCAGGAAAUUUUUCGAUUCCAAGAGAACCAGGACAAAGGAGAUGAAAAAUUUGAGGUACGUUUCUUGUUUUUGAAAGGGAAGCAUUUGUUGAGAUCCUUUAAACACAUGAGUCAGUCGAUCUUUCAUGUAACGCUAAAGGUAUAAGAUGAACGCGAUAGCUUGUCAUAUGCACGUUACACUUUAACCGCGAUCUGUCCACGCUAUUAGCUGUCAUUUUAAAAAGCUAAAACUUUUCUCGCAUCAAAAGAAAUUUGGUUAGCAAGGGAUGGCACAGUGGUGAAAGCACUUGCCUCCCACCAACGUGACCCGAGUUCGAAUCCCGGCGUCGACGCCACAUGUGGGUUGAGUUUAUUGCUGGUUCACUCCCUUGCUCCAAGAGGUUUUCUCCGGGUACUCCGGUGUUCCCCUCUCCACUUCCAAAUUCCAAAUCGACCUGGAACGCACGGACACGUUUCAGCGAGUUCUUUAUGAACUCCUAAGUACCCCGUGGUUAAACAAAUAACAAUUUUCAAAAUAAUGGUCCAGUUUUGUUAUUUAAGACUAUAUUUAGGCACAUUGAAACUGUUUCCUGUCGACUGUUGAUACGGAUAGCAAGGAUGGAAAUGGAUUGAGACUUAAGAAAAGGUUGGGCAAACCUUUUCAAGUUUUAAUACAAAAUGUGCAAAACUCACAAAGUAUAUAUUAUGGCUAGUGUCCCUGAUGAAAUCUGUUUUAUAUCGUCUUCAUAACUCUACAGGAGCAUUUUUUUAUGGGUAAAGGCACUAAGUAAUGACUUUAGCACAGAACUGACCUAAAACAGCAAUAUCCAUGUGACAAAGCCCCUUUAAAUUGUUGACAAACUUUUUAAGCAUGUACGCAGGAGUUCACCGCCUCACCUAUAGAUUGAAAUCUUCGAUCUCUCGCUUGGCGAAAAGUUGAGCUUUUUUAAAAGAAUAUAGGAAAGAUAAACUCGGACCAAUGUUUAAAAAAAAUUCAUGAGAAUUAUUAUACUUUACGAUUUAAAAGGGAAAGCAAUGGAUCUGAGAAACUGUGAACAUCUUCGGGAACUUUCAGACUCGGAUAUGUCGGGUCCUUUACAAAAAAUCCCAGUGCUCUCACUCUUCGGGAAAAUCUCCCGCCAUUGACACGUAAGAAGUUGGCAGGUAUAUAUUUGAUGAAACUUACAUGUAAGAUGUAACUCAACGAUCAGUCUUCCACUUUAUUACAGGACGGAGUAAUGACAACUAAGGAGAGUUCCAGACAUCGCCAGUCGACAGUUACUGUUGUUCGCAAAUUCAAGGUACACUGACGGCGGCUCAGUAAAGGUUCCAAGUGUGCUUACCUCCCCGGACAUCCGUCGGGCAUUUUCCCACUGUGGGGCAUUUGUCAUCAGAUCUACCCAGGAGUAGGGAUGGGGAUUAGGCCAUUUCCGAGUUGCCCAAAGCUUCUGUUUCAAAGAGAGGCUAAGUGUAAUGAUAUUCAAUUCUCAUGCCAAUAAAUCUCAUUUUCACCAGAAACGUUUAGCACUUAGCUUCGAAAGGGAGAUAUUUUGGAACUCGGAAAACGCCUAUUUGUCAUUGUUUUCUUCAAACCCAAAUACUUUGAGUAUUUAACGCAUGACCAGCUUGUCCCACCGUGACAAUUAUCCGGGAGGGGGCCGCGGGUCAACACUUGAUACUGAGGGACCGUUGUGUUCAGGCCUAGUAUGAUGUGCUGAUAAGCUACCGUAUUUAUGACUUGUUGAAUGUUCUUUUAUGUUUAGGUCUCACUGGACAGUCUAAUGUCCACGCUGAGGUCUACAAGUGUUCACUACAUUCGCUGCAUCAAGCCAAACGCUGACUGCCUACCUCAGGUGUUUGAUAGGAAACAGGUAUUUUGUAGCCCUGCACUAGGGUUUUCCAGUUACCAGUACUACAUGCAUUAACCCCUGUUUGCCUGUUCUUCUUACGCAGUUAGAUAAAACCGAACUGACUCUAAAGCGUAGGUUAAAUAGCCUGCGACCCAGACGGAACUAAUCUUCCGGUUAAGUCCUUCUGCAAAACAGUGCCGAAAUCCUUUUUCAGUUGGGGCCCCCCACCAGUGCACCAGGAUUUGAGUGCGCGCUAUGAUUGGCCUGGUAAAAGGCCAUUGUCGAUUUGCCAAUCAGGUUGAACGAAAAUUCGAAAUGCUCCGGUAAUUCGUUGAGGCCGUUGUAGGCCCAAAACAAGGAUACCGGCACUGCUUGGCAGAACUUACUAACCGGGCUGAGAUUACGUUUGCGAAGCAGGCCCUAACUCGUCCCCAGUUGUCUCUCUUUGUAUUUCCUUUGUGGCGCGAGAGGUGUGAUGGAAAGGAGGAAAGCGAGGGAGAGAGAGAGAGAGGGUCUUCCUUCCUUUUCCCUUCCCAUCACCCCCUGCUUCCGCAGCGCGCGUUACGCGAAGACGACUGGGGAAAGUCAAACGUAGACGCUGGCCAAGGUUGAACCGUACACACAUUUAUCUCGGGGUUUCAUUGUAUCAUGUUUCAUAAUGGAAGGCUAAGUAAGAACGAGUUGACGAGAGCUAGUUUAGCUCUGUUUGACUGCAAUUACUGUUUACACUUAUAUCCAUCUAAAAAGGUUAUGGCUCAACUGAAUGCUUGCGGUGUGGUAGAGACAAUUAAAAUCAGCGCGGCUACUUAUCCGAUCAGGUGAGUCAAUUACUUGACUAGGUGUUUUAAUCGCGAAAAAUAACUUUGAACCUCCAAGCGGGAUGUCUCAAGCUAACCUAAGUUUAAUGUUUUUACUUCUAGGAUCUCGCACCAUGAAUUUCUUAAAAGAUACAGCCCCCUUUUGAAACUUUCCAACCCUACGACACGCAGCCAUUUGUCACACCCGCUCAGCUCUCCGAAGAAAGCCGACGCUUCUCCUCGAUGUCCGACGGUGGAACGUCUAAAGCGUCGAUCUCGUAGGCGUCACCGAAGUAGCUACGACCACACGAGGCAUAUUUGCCGAUCAAUUCUAGAAAUUGCUGAGACUGACAUUGAUGAAAGCAAAGAAAAUACCCAAGGAAAAUUUCUCAAGGGUGUGAAACUCGGGAGAUCGAAGGUUUUUAUCCAAGAAGAUACGGUACGUUUUGGGGGUGUCCAACCCCAUAUUACCUUUUAUUAAAGUAGAAUCUACAAUGAUUAUGUUAAAUUUGCAUUAUUCAUCACUCAGGUAGAGGGAAUAACAGUGAUAUUUCAUUUUUCGACUAAAGUCAACUCUCCAUUAGUGGAGGACACUAAUUUGGGGUUGACACUUAAGUAAUAUAUCCUAGCCCUUAGAGAGUCGAGAAAGAGACAUGGUUUCCACAGGUCAGGAAAAAGUCGGGGGAUUUCUCUCCGAGUCAGGGAAAAUUUGAGCCCUUGAAGGAAGUCAGGGAGAAGUGAAAUUUUAAGAGUACACAGUCAUUCUUUUCCCUCUACCUUUACUGAUAUCUUACAUUUAGAAUUCUUUUGUAAAUUUUACAGGCAUGAAUCGUGUUGCAUUGGUAGAAUAUUGUUCGUGAUGUUGAACAACAUCCCUUUCGCACGUUAUGAUAAGGCCAUUCCUAUUAUUUCAUGUACACUACAUGUGACUUGCUGUAAGCAUAAAUAAGGGAGUAUAGGGGAUGGCUUUGAGGGGAGGGUUGAGUCUAUUUUCAGGACUAAUUGGUGAAAUUGUCAAUUCAGUUAGGGAAAUUUUACAUUUGUCAGGAAAACGUCAGGGAAUAGUCAGCGGCAUGGACCAACUCUAAGCGUUCCUCUUAAAGAGGUGUCCGUUGAGAUAAAGUCAACUGUGUUUCAUGGAAAUCACAUUUCAACUAGAGAAAAAUGUACAUAGAUUAGCUUAGAUUAUUCUCUCUUGACAAUUUCAAGUAAACAGUUAGUUUACUUUUUUUGUGUGAAUCCGACCGUUUGGAUGAUCAACUAGUAAUGGCUUCUUUUUGCUUGUUCUUAACUAUUAACUGACUUUUUGUUGUUGUUGUUGUUGUUGUUAUCAUUAACACUAUUUUUCCCUGUUUUUAGAUGGAAAGGCUGGAAGCAGUUCGAAACAGGUGCCUGAUCAAAUCAGUGGUAGUCAUCCAGACAUGUUGGAGACGCCAUCAAAAGCGCUUGACGAGAAGAAGGGUAAACGCAGCCGUGAAAAUUCAAUCUGGUAAAAUUUUACCAUUUUAUGUACCACGUCAGAUUUACCCUUGAAGUUGGUUAAAUAAUGAAAAUAUCAGUGUCUGCAUAAAUUUACAUCAGUCACAUAAUUACCCCUAUUUACAUUUAACGUUAGUGUUUUCAUUAGUGGUUUCUCUCUUCUACAAGCAGUCUGACAGAAAUUAUUUCCUGUUUUCAGUGUGGCGAGGGUGGAAGGCAAUCAAAAACUUCAAGAAGACUUUAAAAGCCAUAAAAGUUAUUCAAAACCACGCGAGAAAAUGUUUGAUGUUAAAACGACUCAAUGAGCAUAAGCGCCUUUUAACAGUGGACAACUAUAACCUGGAGAAAGACUUCAUCAACGAAACCAUCCUCGAAAGAAACUCGGUCUUGACAGAAAAUACUUGUAUACUCUUAAGACAUUUGUCAGUUUCGCCAUUAUUCCCAAGUGGCGAAGUCAUGAAGAGGCAUGCCCUUCCAAGUUUAGUUUCGUCUACUUCAGGAUCUUGGUUUAACCCGUUUAAGACGAAUUGCGACGAGUUUAGUCAAAACAGCUUCUUCUGGCUCUACAACAAGGAAUUGUCAUUCAAUUUGACCAGAAACACGAUAAGCCCUCUCGCUGCGUUGAUCUCUAACUUCAGUCAAGGAAAAAUACCACCACAAGCUUGUACCGUGGACAAACAGCUUUCUUCAAAGCAGAUGGUCAAUACAUCAUCAGCUAUAAUAUCACGUCGAAACAUUGAAAAGGUAAUGCCUUUGCUAAUUUCGUUUUCAUCCUGUUUCAAGAUAUUCUGCCGUCUAUAUGCUGUUUUCUUUUCGUACAAGUUAACCUACGUUAAGAUGCCACUGUUCGUCUGAAGAAAAAAUGUUCCACCUCAGGGUUCUCAAUAGAAGGCGGCACCCGGCGAUUGAUCGCCGCUUACUUUCGGAUUUAUAGCCGCUUACUUUGUGUUUAAGUCGCUUUUCUUUGCUUUGUUUUGACACCUCUGGCUUUGCUGAAGAGCCUCCUACUUUAUCAGUGAUCACCUCCAACUUAAAAAUCUAUUGAGAACCCUGCACCUUCUUUAAAAAAAGGUUAUUGUAAAGGCCCCCUUAUUUUACGUCUGUCGGCUCAAGAUAGUCACUGAUUAUCGGACUAACAAGCCUAAAGCCAACUGAGCACUAAUUUUCCUCCUUCCCCCUCUCUCUCCGUCACUGCUCCGUUUUACAGGUAUUUUAACGCCACUUAAAGCUACACGGAAGCAGUCGAAGCAAGGAUUUGAGGUUGCACCCGACUGUGUCCAGUCCUUCCUCUCUGGGAGAUGUGAAAGCAAGCAGCCAAUCAGUUAGACUGUAUAUCAUUCACUAAUUUUUCUUCGAUGAACGAGCGAACUGACGCGAGUGUCAGCGGAGCCGUACGGGCCAGCACCUAGCUAGCGACCUUUGAAUUCUCUACCAGCCCAUGAUUAUACUUUAUCUUUUCUUAUCUCGCGCCCCUGUCCCACUCCUCGUAGCAAAGGCGAGCAAGCUGACUUGUUCAGGGUAGCGCCAGGGUAUCUCCCUGUGACAGAGCUGGAGAACACUCCUCUGACAGGCAACGUUAAGUACAUUCUGAGAAAUGUUUAUAUCAUUCAAAUUUUUCAGGUUCCUGUUACGUUUCACUGCAGAGGUACCCCUCUUCCGCAUGCCAGCACCAGACCUCUUAAAGGACCUUUGACUAACUCGGUAAAUAAUAAACUAACGUGUACCCCGAUAAAUACAAGACUAAAAUUUUCCAAAAACAAAAAAACAGACAUCUAGACUGCGAGUUGAUCUGACUGGGAGAGCCAAAUUGUCUAUAUGGGAAAAAAGUUAUGCCGGCUAGGACGAUGAGCCUACCAGGGUGACUUGGCUAGGCGGGUCACCCUACCUCUAGCCAAGCCAACUUCUUGUUUCUCAUGUAAACGGUUUGUCAAUUUUUGAAGGAAAUGUAGGAAAAUUUGGCUUACCCCCCAGGGUAGCUCGGGAAGGCAAGUGACCCUUCUAUCCGGGACAUUUUUUGUCUCAAUAUAAGAGGGACCUCGUAUCGCACCCGUCAGGAAAAUCAGUGAAUUUGAAGACAAAGAAAGGACAUUGUCUCUGGUUAAGUUUCAUAAUCAUUUUUUUUUCUAACCCUAGGCAAAAUAAAAAUGUAGUAUAUAAAAUAGCCUUCUACCCACCGACUGAGCUACCAAGUUGAAUGCCCUCUGCCUCUUAAUCUCACACACCAAGCAUGAAAAUCUUUUUUUUCAAGAAUAUGUUUUAAACUACUGAUGUACUUUAAGAUUAUGUAUGUGUGACAGCGAAGUGCACAACCUCUGCUGCCAAGUGGCGUCAUAUCUCGGGACGUGGCCGACUAAAUUGAAAGUACAGAGUUGGUACGAGGUUCCUUUAUAGAGGCCCGAAAAGUCUUUCACAUUGUUGGAAACACUUUCAGUUGGUUGAAACACUAAAAAGCAGUGUCACUGGGAGUGAAAGGCAAAUCCAAGGUUAUUAAUUCCCGAAAAAAGUAGAGAACAAGGGAUCAAAUUCAAGGCGAAAUGGCGGUCAUAAAAAUGCCCAAUACCCGGGCGCGACAACCAACAGUACUAGCCAUAAUGGUAACUGUCAUAGUCCAGCUCCCUCUUCUGCCCAUCAAGUCAAGCAGACUUAUUAUUAUCGUUACCAUUAUUAUUAUAAUUAUCAUUAUUAUUAGGAUUAUCAUUAUUAUUAUUAGGAUUAGUAGGGGCUUUGAAAUCGAUAAGGAACUAGCGCGAUUUUAGUCUUAAUACUUUUAAUAUUUAUCACAUUUAGUAUUAGUAUUUUUUAAAUUCUUCUCCUAAUAUUCCUAAUAUUCUUAUUCUCUUCCAUUUACUAGUUUGUUCUGCAUUUUAUAUAGCUUUCCUCUUAUCGACUUUGUAACAUUCAUCUGGUACCCGAUAUAUUUGCAGGCUUCCGAUAUUCAGGCGUGUGGCAUGGUAUAGUAACAUUAGAAAAAAUAUAUAUUAUUUAUUAUUAUACCGUAAUUGUUAUCAUUUUCUUUUGCAGGGGCUAGCUGGUAUCAGUGACAUGUUAGAUUGAGUGUGGCUCCAAGACAGUGCAUGGGUGACCAAAUUCGUAAAACUGAAAAUGAAAUGAAAAAGGAAAAUUUGCAACCGUAAGGUGUAAGCGUCGUUUCAAACUGGACAAGAAAAAAUAACCGAAAUUAAAGAAAUAUAAGAGUAAACGUAAAUUAGAACUCCUCGAGCGUGCAUAAGUCGAAAGAACUGUUUCAAGUCUUAAAAGUAACAAAGAUUUUGAUAAAAGCAGAAAAGCUUCACUUAAAUCAACUUCCCAUUUCGUUUCUUGGGUUCUUCCUAUUAUUCUUUCCUCUACUAGUCAUUGGUACCAACUUGGGAGCGACAAUUUGCCUUUUUUAAGCUCGAAUGAGGUCGACGUCCUCGUUAUGGUCUUCGUUAAAUUAAGGAGCUAAGUCGCUAGGGUUAAGGGUAAUUUGUUUGGAGGUUUCAUUAAAAGGGUAAAAAUGGUCGUAAACGUUUUACUAUUUAUGUCAGUGUCCAUUGUUUACAUGGAAGUUUCCCCCGAAACGGGUUUCAAAUUUUUUCUUCCCCUUGGGCGAUUUAUCGCUGGGUAACCGCAAACAUGAAAAUGAUCCAAAUCCACAGGGAGCUCAGCCCAAGCUUGUUUCCCCAAGAGGGAGAUUUGGAGAAAAGGCUUCGAGU